UUCAUUUCCCGGGAAAAGAAGAAGUUUAAACUUAAAGAAUAAUUCACCUGACAGAAAGCGCCAGUCAGAAUCUGAAGAUAGUGAUUCAAUGGCAGCUGCAGUUCGUGCCAGUUUAGAUGACAAUGGCAAAUCCCUACAAGAAAUUCUAAUAGAAUUGUCAUCCCAAAUUGACCAGCAUGGAGAUGCAAACUUGGUUAAUGUGGACAGAAACAAUAUUCUUGAUGGAGCAAGAAGGGGCUUUACCAGAAAAAAGUUUAGAGCAGAGUGCAAACUAAGUAUAAAAUUUUCGGGCGAAUACGGAAUUGAUGAAGGAGGACCAAGCCGAGAAUUUAUGAUGCUGGCAUUAAAGGCAAUUCAUGAGUCACCAAUAUUUGAAGGGGAGGAGAAUGCAAAAAUUAUCUGCCCUGACCUUCCAAGUGCAGACAGGAAUGAUUAUUACAUCUUUGGCAAUAUGAUUGCCUAUUUCAUUGUGCACAAAGGACCAUCUCCUUGCUUCUUCUCCUCCACAAUGUAUCAGUUGUUAGCUGGUAAGCCAUGUUACCCAAACAUUGCAGACGUUGGGGAUUUUGAAAUUCGAACACAGUUACAAAUGAUUAAAGAGACAGAGGACCUCAGAAAAAUUUCACUUCCAGAGUCAAUCAUGCAAGCAGUUGAGUAUGUGGGUGCAGUCCCACUUCUUUCGUUGAACAAGAAGGACAAGAUUCUUGAUGCUUUGCUAGAUUACUUUGUGUUAAAUCGUGUGAAAGGUGUUCUUCCCCAAUUUCUCGAUGGUCUGUCCUCAUUGGGCAUUCUGAAAGCUAUCCGGGAAUUUCUUGUUACAAUGAGGCCGUUGUUCAUUUACCAGAAAGCAGCUGCAGCGACAACAGCCUACAUUGAAGAAUU